AUGGUAAAACAUUUGACACCUGAAUUAGUGCAGACUAAGUGCCAAACCAGUAAUCUCAACGCAAUUAAAAACCUUAAUUUUUAUGGAGCCGAUCUCAACGAUGUAUCAUUACUUAAGGAUAUGCCAAACAUCGAGAUAUGCUCGCUCUCAUUAAAUAAGAUUACCACUUUGAAAGAUUUUGCAACUCUAAAAAAGAUGAGUGAACUAUAUUUGAGGAAAAAUAUUAUAUAGGAGCUGUCCGAGGUUAAAUAUCUUUCCCAAUGUAAUAAUUUGAGAGUGCUUUGGUUAUCUGAGAAUCCAAUUGCCCAACAUGCUCUAUAUAGAAAGUUUGUGAUCAAAUGCGUUCCCAAUCUUACCAAGCUGGACGACUCAAAUAUCACUCCAGAAGAGAGAUAAGAAGCAAUGAAAUUCAAAAUAACAGAUACCGACAUUGCGACAAAUAGCUCUUAGAUUCAAACUAAUAGACAACAGAAUUCAGUUUCACCGCAAGAUAGACCAAGGACAACACAACAAAAUAGAGGAAGGAGCCCAGCUACUAACCUUGGAAAUUUGAAUACAAAUCCUUCCUAAUAGAUUACCCAACUAUAACAAAAUCAAGUGUAACCAUAGAUCAUAAAUUCUAGCACUCCAAAUGGAUCGCAAUCGAACGGAAAUACUACUAAUUAUAGAAAUGAAAAUAUUUUGUGUGCAGUAUUAGCUCUUUUAAAGGAGUUAGAUGAAAAUGGAUUGGAAUUAGUAAAGCGAGACAUUGAGAGAAAGAUUUAACAGAAAAAAUAGUGA